ACAGCACCCAAAUGAAGCCGAACGACAAAAGAAAAGAAAAAACAAAAUAAGUCCCUGCAGGCGACGAAAGAAAAGAAACGAAACGGAAACGCGUUCACCAUCAGCAAGCUGGGCUUCAUCCUUUUCGUUAACCUAAUUUCCUAAAUCAGGUGGCAUUUUAGUUUUUGGCUGUUCUCUUUGGUUUGGGCAACUGCUUCACCCAGAACAGGAGUCAUUGAGGUGGUACAGCCAUGUUACUUUCUAGAAUCUCAAGAAUUGGAGUUGGGAUAGUUAAACAUCUCUCUAGAGGUAUGUGUACAUCCUUGUGUAGAACAGGAUUUGUAGAAGCAACUUAUAGUCAAUAUUGGCGACCUCAGUUUGAAUUGCAUCCAGUGACUAAGGUGUUCCAAGGUACCUUAAUUCAGAAGCAUCAUCUGUUUUCUACGACAACUUCUAGUACUGAUAUUGUGGAUGAAAGCGAGGAAAAGAUAUCUGUAACCUUUGUGGAUAAGGAUGGAGAGGAAAAGCACAUCAAGGUUCCAAUAGGAAUGUCUAUGUUAGAAGCUGCUCAUGAAAAUGAUAUAGAACUUGAAGGAGCAUGUGAAGCCUCGCUUGCUUGUUCAACAUGUCAUGUGAUCGUUAUGGAUUUGGAAUACUACAAUAAAUUAGAAGACCCAACUGACGAGGAGAAUGACAUGUUGGAUUUGGCCUUUGGUCUCACCGAAACUUCUCGAUUGGGUUGUCAGGUAAUCGCGAAACCUGAACUUGAUGGAAUCCGCUUAGCUAUUCCUUCUGCAACACGGAAUUUUGCUGUCGAUGGUUAUGUUCCAAAACCGCACUAGAAGACUCUACUGAGUGCAAAGUAAGUGUUGCAGUUAUCACAGUUUUGCAGCUAUCCAACCAAUGAGCAUGUUUUAGCUAUUGAUUAUUUAUUACAUCACCUUAUAGAUUCCAUUUUAGGGAACAAAUUCUUGCAUUCACAUCAUGUUAAAGGGAAUAUAGGAUUGAGACUGUUGAUUCCAAAUGUAGCAUCCAAAUAGAAUGUCUUUUGCACUACAUUACUAAUGUUCCAAAUAAUAAUUAUAACUUUCUAUUGUUAUCUCUUUACCUUGACAGCCAA